UCUCCUGCCGCACGUAAACAUUACCAGGACGCGGCUGUUUACAAACCUCUCGUGUUGGUGUUUCUGCGUUAACGCCGUUAAUUCUUCACGUAGAGGAAGAGACACAGGAUGGAAAUUGAAAAUGCUCGGCCAUAUUUCUUCGGAGACAUCGGUUGCUGGUCAGAGAGAACGGAGGUGCACAAGGCAGCGUCCCUCGGCCAGGCCUCCCAACUGCAGCACCUCAUCCAGAGCGGAGCCUCGGUCAACGUGGUGGCGGUGGACUCCAUCACACCGCUGCACGAGGCCUGUCUCCGCGGGCAGACCCAGUGUGUUCGACUGCUGCUGGAGGCUGGAGCCCAGGUGGAUGCGAGGAACGUAGACGGGAGCACCCCGCUGUGUGAUGCCUGUUCGGCUGGUAGUUUGGAGUGUGUGAGGCUCUUGCUGGAGCAUGGCGCCAAGGCCAACCCCGCCCUCACCUCCCGCACGGCCUCACCCCUUCAUGAGGCCUGCAUGGGAGGAAACUCCGACUGUGUGAAGCUCCUGAUCGCCAUGGAUGCGUGUCUGGAAGCGUAUGACCUUUACUACGGGACCCCACUGCAUGUGGCUUGUGCUAACGAACACACUGACUGUGUUAAAGUGCUGCUAAAUGCAGGUGCUAAAGUGAAUGCGGCCCGGCUGCACGAGACUCCGCUGCACCACGCCGCUAAAAACAUGCGGGUUGAGAUGAUAGAGAUCCUGGUGGAGUUCGGGGCCAACAUCUACGCCAGAGAUCAGCACGACAGGAAACCUGCCGAUUACACCACGCAGGGGUCCCCCUCCGCAGCCUGCCUACAGUUUUAUGAGACCACUCCCAUGAGCCUGCAGCAGCUCAGCAGGUUGGCGGUGAGGAAGAAGCUGGGCACCAGAGCUUUGAAGGUCAUAGGUCAACUGAACAUACCAAAACUCAUCAUCAGCUACCUCUGCUAUCAAUGAGUGUCACCUGGAGCAGGAGCCGGAUCAAAGAAAGACUGAAGACUCACAGAGCUGCCGCACAGUUCUGAGAAAAACACAGCAAAGGUGCCAAAUGCAUUAGAUAUGAUAACAAUAGACGCACAGUUUUCUCACACACUUCUUUUCAAAGCAGCACUUUCACCUCAACACUGGGGGGGUUACACAGCAGGGGUAAGGCAGAGGAGGAUCCUAGCUCCUCUGUUGCACAAAUGACAUUCAUUCAUUGUGUUUACAUUCUAACCAACAACAGGAUUUUAUUGCAAAAACCUUAAGCAGUUAAGAGAAUAAGCUAUUUUGAUUACCAGAACUGGAAUACCUGUGAGUCUGUGGGAUGUGUACACCUUAUACCUGGUUAAUACUAUAGUUAAUCAGUCCAAUAUGGCAGUGGUUCCCAAUGUGUGCUGCAACAUUUGUUUCCUAGGGCCCGAGCAUGGACCGCUGCAAGGACACUUUUGAAAUGCAAGGCAUUAUUAUUUUUCUGCCAAAAGGACCUCAUUUUUGGUGGCCGUAUGCUUAAACUCAUGAAACGCGGGACAAAAUUCAACGGUGGUGGAAAUGUGCAGAUUCUAUGGGUCCUGCACAUGGGCGGGGCAAAAGGGCUUGACCGCGCCCCCCUAAACUCGGCUGCUCACGCUUCACCGAUAUGUAUGCAAAUCGGUACACACGUGUAUCAUGACCAGACAAACCAAAAAGCCUCUUGGACACAUACCCAAAACCCAAUAGGAGGAUGGCUGUUUUUAAUUUAGUGGUCACUUUUGCCAAUUUGGUGUGUUGUACUUUAAUUCCUCCACCUAGGGAAUUUACUUAAUUUUAUAUAUAAUUUAAUAUAUUUAUUUAUAUCGAUAUAAAUAAUAAUAUGUAAUGUGUGGUCUACACAUGGUGCUGACGGAACCGCAGCACAACCAGGACCCAUACGGACUGCCCAAACAUUGCUGCUUGCAGCUUUAAUUUUAUUUUGCUGUUUAAUAAAGUUUCGCCCCAUAAAAGAAAAAAGGCAGCAUUUAGAAUCACCGUUUUUGAAACUGUUAAAUAUGCAGUUAUGCUGCAGCUAAUAACAAGACUGCUUCUGGUUGCUGGUUGUUAUAGUGAAUUAGCACACUUUGUGGCUCAUGAGUUUCUCUAGUGCGAAGAUGUCAAUGCAUUCUGAGACAUGUGAACAUAAGCUGAUGUAAAGAGCUAAAUUACAGUGAAAGCUGUAUGGCUCACAGCUGUGCGGACAGGUGUAGCUGCUUGUAGGGGUGCCAUGACAAAAAACGCCCGUUAUGGGGUGCUGUGUUUUUAAAAUGUUUGGGAACCACUGCUAUAAUGGCUUGACCAGACGGACUUGGGAUGUUGGAGAACAAAAGUGACUUCAGACCACUGACACAGCAUCUAGGAUACAAACACUAGAGUGUUUUCUCUUCCCUACUUCUAUGACGUGUUCUGUGACAUCGGCCCGUGGGAGCACAGAGCAAAAGCAGGAUGAAGUUGGUCCCUGGCAUGUCAGUGCUGAUCUGAUUGGUAGGGGUUCGCCGUGUGGUCUGGAAUGUUCUUUUGGCCAAGCCACAGCAAGAAUUUUUGAUGUAUGAUCACCUAAUCUGACACAGAGACCAUCUUGGGAGGCAACAAUGCCAGUGUAGACUCGUCCCGGUAUUAGUUUGAUGUUGUAGUUUGAGCCUGUUAUAUUACCAUUAACACCCUGUCUACUCUUGCUGUGAAUAUUGGCUAUUGGCAAAGUUCAUGUCCUUAAUAUCCUUUAUUGAUAUGUAUUCUUUUAGAGUGUGCUUAUAGACAUACUGUUUGGAUAUGGGCACUUAACCUGCUGACAGGAAAUGAUAAUCCUUAAAUAGAAAUUAAAAUAGCAGCUUCUUCUAGACCAGAGGUUCUCAAGGGGUCCUUGAGGGGGUUCCAGGGGUCCCCAGCAAAAGCCCAAUGAGAUAAUGCUGCCAAUCUAAUCUAUAGACAGUUAUGGAAUUACUAAAUCUUAUCAGACGGGAUCCCUGGGACCACAUCUUAUCAAAUAAGAGCCUGCAGCCUGAUGUGUAUCAAUUUGGGGGUUCAUGAUACCUCUGGAAGAUUCGAGGAACAUCUGUUCUAGACGAAGCCGCAUUCACCACUAAAAACAUGGGCGCGCUGUGUGAACGUUACUUAUUUUAGCUAGGGUUGGUUGUUGCCAGUGGAGGCACCAGUGUGUAAUCUCAAGUAUAAAUUGCAGCUAUAAAGUCUUAAAUAGCACUUAAUGUUUGCCAUUUAAAUAAAUACAGAAGCGUAACUUGCACUACAAGAGAAGAGGGGGCUUCUAAUAUUAGAGAUGCUUUCAGAUGGGUAUUUAUUUGAACAAGUGUCAGAGCUCAGGGAGAGGAAGAAGACAAGUGGCACAGUUUUUGGCAACAGAGGCUGGAAUCCUGGAUUGCUGGAUUGAAUCCUGGACCUGCCAGGAAGUACAUGUAAGUCACUGAACUCGUAGGUGUACCAUAAAUGCUGAGUGGCAGAAAAAAUGCAGAAUGAGACAUUGCGUGCAUGCUCAGUCAACAUUCCCUGGAUAACUAAAAGGUCGGUUUUUGUUUUUCUAAAGUAACUUCCAGAGGAAUACCGAGGAGUGUUAUGUGUCACAGCAGCUCUCAGAGGGACACACUCCAGAUGCUGCUUCGCUUCAUCUCUAGAUUCCUGCGAGUCACAGCCUGCGCCUGGCGACAGCCAUUGUUUGAUACAGACACUGGAGUCUCAAGGAAGCAGUGAUCCUGGCUGCUAUUUAUAGUGUCUGUUGCUCCACUAAAACCGCUUAUAGAGAGCCCAGAAAGCUCAGCGAGGUCUUAGUAUUUUUGGAAGGAGACGCAGUUGUUUAUGAAUUCCAUAAAGUGGCAUGACCUCUUUUGGAAGUUUCAUAACUUUCAUUUAUGUGUAGUGGUUAAAUCAGGCCAAACAUCCUCUUUAUGAUAUUGCUGUCUGAAGCUGAACAUGAUUUACUCUUUAGCACCAGAAGAGAGGGAAGUUAAAGACACAUUUCAAAAUGAAGUUUAUUUGUGGGUUGCAUUUUCUUCUUCUAUUUUUUUCUGACUGGCGAUCUUAAAUUUAGCUGCUGCUGUCUGCUUGUCACCUCUGUGGAGACAGGACGUCUCUGUAGCAGAGCACACAUUACAUCUUUAACAGUGAAGUAUUUCAGGACACUCAGUCUUUGCUGGUGUUAUAGCCACAUUAGGCCAGAAUUUGAUAUAUGUCUUAUUGAAUGGGGAAACCAUUUACUGCAACAAUCAGCUUCUCCAACAUUUGUAGGACCUUCACAUGGUAACAGCCAUUGUUCCAUUCUCCAAUGUAAACAAAACAAGCGCUGUAAUUGGUUUUCUCUGGGUUGAUGUUUUUAAAAAUAUUUGCAUAAAACUGAACCUUUCUCAUCUUUUCUAGGUCCCACUUCAAACUGCUGAUAUGGUUCUUCAGAGGUGUUUGUAGAAUAGCUUCAGAAACCUAAGCUAGCAGCCACAGUAGUUCGGCCCAGUGAAGAACUACUGGCAGCUACAGCGUGACCUACAGGUGUGGUUUAUUAUGUUAAUGUGUGUUAAUGGCGAUGUUACUUCCUCCUAUCUCAACACAUAAAGUGCAAACCAUUUCCUGCAUUGCCACUGAAUGUUGGCCUGAACAUUAACCUUGGCAAAUAUGGAUGUCAUUUUUUGGCAUACUGUGUUGGUUCGCGAGGGUUCUUGUUCUUGUUGCUGCACUACCAACUCUUGCUUGGUCCAGGCACAUCUAAAGCAAGAAGCAAGUCACAAGAUAUAGAUUUUUUUUGUUAAGUAAUGAUUUUUUUUUUGGGGGGGGGCUAUUUAUUGUCUUUAUUGGAUAGUUAGCAGUAUCAGUGCCGUUCUUUGCUCUUCUUUCAAAGAGGAAAUACUCUGCAGUUCUGAUGCUAGCAGCAUCUAUGCUAACCUCUUUAGCAGCCAUUGUUGUUUCUGAAUGAACAGUCGCUUCUUACUGCGUCAUAUCUAGUGUUAAAGCACUGCCGUAGCUGCCAGUAGUUCCUCAUAGGAUGCUGAUUGGUCCUAACCACUGUGGUUUAAAUACAAGUGCAUAGCUUGAAGCCUUACAAGGUUAGCAAUUGGGGUAAAACAUUCAAAACACUGGUGUAGUCCUUUAGUCCUUGCUUUUAAUCUGAAUUAGAAACAGCUUAAUAGUAGUAAGCAAAUCAUGUUGCCCAUUUCCCCCUUCAGUAUAAAGUAAAAAAACACCGUCCACGUGAACUUUACUGACUUCACCCUUCAGGAUUUUGGGGUGUUUAAGUUAAAAACCUUUAGUUUUCAAUCCGGAGCUGCCAACGGUAACAGUUUACGAUGCCCAGCUUUAAAAAGCAAGAGGCCACCUGUCAGCUCUCAGUCUGUACCUGUGUGUUUACUGUUUGUCUGACAGAUCUUUACAAAGCUUUCAAAAGCAAUAUUUCAGGCUUUCAGACCCUCGUCCAAAUCUCUCAAUUUAAUUCCCUCAUUUGGCUCUCUCCCUGAACGCGCCCGGGCAUCACGAUGCUGGCCUGAAUAUGGAGCUUGUCUGCUGCACUCCAUAAACUUGCCAAGCUGUUGCAGUUUGUUUAAUCCAAAUAUAAAUUCCUAGAAAUUGAUCUUCCAUCAUUGAAAGGUACUUUGACUAGUUUUCAUGCUGCAAAAAUGCAGCCUGGUUCAUUAUAACCGUAUCCUGUAAAUAACCUCUCCGCACACAUCUCUCCUUCUUCCCAUGGAGCGUUCCCUUUAAGACUUGUUAAAAUAUCUGACCCUGAUACAAAUGGGGUUUCUACUUAAGGCUCAAAAUAACCACUACAAAACAUGUUCCAAAGCACUUUGUGUCUGCAGAAGGAACUGGAAAAAGCAGAGGAGAGGAGGGCAGGCAUGCAGGGAAUGUCCAGUUAUCUAAGAUGAGAAAUGGUCCUUGUUCCAUAAUAGGAAUGUUGAACUUCAGGUUGAACAAAUGAAUGGUUGGUUUGUUUUGAAACUUUUCCUGCCGAUCCGUCGGAUUAAAUGAGCAAGUAUCUGGGUUUAAGUUUUGUCUUAUUGAAGUGAAUAAAGUCAGGUUUAAUCUCUGAUGUUCAAAGCACACUCAUUUUAUCUGAUUAAGGUGCUUUAGAAAACUGAUGAAUCAUCCCACAAUAAUGAAUAUGUUGAGUAUGUUAAUUUAUUGAAUAAAUUUUACUGUUGAUGUC